CUCCCGGGUCCCGGCCCCGCGAGGCUGCUGCGCCCGCUCUCCGCCCGCUGGCUGGCGCUCGGCGGCUCUCGCUGCUCGCGGGCCCCGCGAUCCGCCGCCGCUCCGCCACCCACCCCUCCGCCUGCCAGCCCCGGGGACCGCGCUCCCUAGCCCGGGCCGGGGGCAGCUGCGGGCCGGGGGCGGGUCCUGGCCCCCACCAUGCGGGCCGAGCUCUGGCUCCUCGUGCUGGUGUUCAGGGAGGCUGCCCGGGCGCUGAGCCCCCCGCCUGGAGCAGGUCAGGAUGCGGGCCGAGGCCCUGGAUGGGCCACCAAGGGGAUCACGCAGGGCUGGAAUCGGAGAGCCGGAGGGAGCCCUGGCCAGGUGUCGGAGCCAGACAGGACCCAGCUGAGCCAGGACCUGGGUGGGGGCACCCUGGCCAUUGACACACGGCCGGAAAACGGGACCAGGGUGGUGGAGGACAACCACAGCUACUAUGUGUCUCAUCUAUACGGUCCCAGCGAGCCCCGCAGCCAGGACCUGUGGGUGGACGUGGCCAAGGCCAACCAGAGCCAAGUGAAAGUUCACAGGAUCCUCUCCAACACCCACCGGCAGGCUUCAAGAGUGGUCCUGUCUUUUGAUUUCCCUUUCUACGGGCAUCCUCUGCGGCAGAUCACCAUAGCAACCGGAGGCUUCAUCUUCAUGGGUGAUGUGAUCCAUCGGAUGCUCACGGCUACUCAGUAUGUGGCCCCUCUGAUGGCCAACUUCAACCCCGGCUACUCCGACAACUCCACAGUUGCUUACUUUGACAACGGGACAGUCUUUGUGGUUCAGUGGGACCACGUCUACCUCCAGGGCCGGGAGGACAGGGGCAGCUUCACCUUCCAGGCAGCUCUGCACCAAGACGGCCGCAUUGUCUUCGGCUACAGAGAGAUCCCUAUGUCUGUUCUGGAAAUCAGCUCAUCCCAGCACCCCGUCAAAGCAGGCCUGUCAGAUGCCUUCAUGAUUCUCAAUCCAUCCCCGGACGUCCCAGAAUCUCGGCGAAGGACCAUCUUCGAAUAUCACCGUGUGGAGCUGGACCCCAGCAAGAUCACCAGCAUGUCUGCCGUGGAGUUCACCCCUUUGCCGACCUGCCUGCAGCAUCAGAGCUGUGACGCCUGCAUGUCCUCAGACCUGACCUUCAACUGCAGCUGGUGCCAUGUCCUCCAGAGGUUUGUACCAGGAUGCUCCAGUGGCUUUGACCGCUACCGCCAGGAGUGGCUGGCCUACGGCUGUGCCCAGGAGGCAGAGGGCAGGACGUGUGAGGACUUCCAGGACGAGGACGCCUCAUCCUCCCCCGACAGCUCCUUCAGCCCCUUUGACAGAGACCUCACCACCACUUCCUCCACCCUCUUUGUCGACAGCCUCACCACGGAAGAUGACACCAAGUUGAAUCCCUAUGCAGGAGGAGAGGGCCUUCAGAACAACCUGUCCCCUGAGACCAAGGGCCCCCCCGUGCACCUGGGCACCAUCGUGGGCAUCGUGCUGGCCGUCCUCCUUGUGGCAGCCAUCAUCCUGGCUGGGAUCUACAUCAACGGCCACCCCACCUCCAACGCUGCCCUCUUCUUCAUCGAGCGGAGACCGCACCACUGGCCUGCCAUGAAGUUUCGAAACCACCCCAACCACUCCACCUACACAGAAGUCGAGCCCUCGGGCCAUGAGAAGGAGGGCUUUGUGGAGGCGGAGCAGUGCUGAGAGCUCCAUUCUCCCUUGGAAGCCUAGGAAGGAAGACCCGGGACCUCAAAAAACAGGAGUCAAAGCAAAGCAGAGAAGUAACUAAUGUUCCUUGGCCUCCUCUGAACACAACCCGGAUGGGAAGAUGCGUCCAGAGCCCCCGUCUGGCCGUCACAUCCCGGAGGUCGAAGCAGAGGGCAGAAAAGCAGCCACGUUGAGUUUUUAAGGAACAGUAACCUAACUUCCCCCUGUUUAAUGCCAGGGGUCUCCCCCUCUGAGUCUCUCAGUGGUCUCCUCUGCAGCUGCCCCAGAGGUCCCCUCCCGCCUGCAGAUGGCCAGACGCCCUGCCCGGGUCACCUAGCACCCCUGCCUGUGACACGAGAGAACCAAGCUCUAGAAUGGGGCUGCCGCAUUCCAGGGUCCAUAGACUCAGGAGCUGGUCCUCAUGGCUAUGGAUUUGCUGUAUUUUGCCCCGGCUUCUGUGCUCUGGAAGUCUCUCCAUCUGUAUGGCUGCUCCCAGCCCUUUCGGCAAGUCGCUGACUGGCAUGCUGGCAUCAGCAGAAAGCCAAAUGGGAAGAGAGGAACGAACUUGUAGACAAAUCACAUUUUUAGGCUUUGCUCCCUCAGCUUGCCCUUUCUGCCCAGAACCAGUACUUCUGCAUCAAACCCGGGGGAAGCCCAUGCCUCGGGCUUUAGCCAACCGUGGCCCAGCCUGGGCCUGGCGAGCCGUGCUGUGCGCGGCCACCUCUACCGUGCAGGCUCUUCAUCCUAGUGGCAUAUUUGGUGUCCCCUGUAUUCACUGGCCUGGUCUUCUGUCAGUGCCAGUAAAUACCCCCAAGGGCAGGGCCUGCGGGAUGAAUAUCUGUCCUCAUCUGAGCUGGAUUUUUAUAGAGAGGGCUUCUUGAAACACACCCAACAGGGAACCUCAGUUAGAUUCUGUUGAAAAGCAAAGCCUCCAGAAUGACUGGGAUGGAGGAAGCUGGUGCAGGAAGUAGGGACUUUAGACGCAAGACCUUGGCCUGGAGAGCUGCUCUGCCGGAAGUUCUUGGGGGCAGAGAGUUUAGGCUUUCAAACUUAACCUGGAGGGAAUGCUGUCCCUGGUUUGAAGGGAUGGUUGGGGUUGCUUCUGAAGAGCAUUUCAAAUGAAAACCUAUAGUUUACCCUCAUUCAAAGUAAAAAAAAAAAAAAAAAAAAAAAUAGCAGCAGCAAA